UUUUGCCAAUAGAGAGCGCAAAAAUUAUUCCUUUUAUAGUUCUCCUCUUCAACACCAGAAGGUGCUAAUGUCAAAAAUGCGGUAAUUGUAAACAUUUUGAUCUCAAUGAUCUUCCUUGACAGCCAAGUCGACACGUGUUUUCAAGUUUGAAUUAUAUUUUUGUAUCCGCUAUGGCAUCAAACGAAAUGGAAGUAGAUGAGGAAAAUGAGGAGAAACCAAAGAAUUUUCACGAAUUAGAAUUAGACGAUAGAAUCUUGAAGGCUGUUGCAAAAUUAGGUUGGUUAGAACCUACACUAAUACAGGAGAAAGCCAUACCAUUGAUGUUAGAAGGGAAGGAUGUUUUAAUUCGAGCGCGCACAGGAUCUGGCAAAACAGCUGCAUUUGCUAUACCCUUGAUUCAAAAGAUUUUAUUAAACAAAAGAGCACAGAAGAAGCAGGACAUUAAGGGGCUUAUCAUAGCACCCAGCAAAGAACUAUGCAAACAGACACACGAUGUAAUAAUAAGUUUGACAAUAAAAUGUAGUAGAGAAGUAAAUGUUGUUGAUGUCAGUCCACAAGUAGAUCUCAUUGCACAGAAACCAUUGUUAAAUCAAAAGCCUGAUAUCAUUAUUGGUACUCCAGGGAGAUUGUUACAGCAUUUGAAAGCAAGUAACAUGAAAUUAAAACACUCCCUUGAAACAUUGAUAAUUGAUGAAGCUGAUCUGGUAUUUUCAUUUGGAUAUGAGGAUGAAAUAAGGAGCCUCCUGAGUUACUUGCCAACAGUAUACCAAGCAGCCUUGGCUUCUGCAACAUUGUCAGAAGAUGUUUUAGCACUUAAAAAAUUGGUACUCCAUCGACCAGUAACUUUAAAAUUGGAAGAGCCACCAUUAGCUCCAUUGUCUCAAUUAUCACAUUAUAGUCUUGCUGCAGAAGAAAAUGAUAAAGCUGCAAUUUUAUAUGCUUUGUUGAAAUUGAAUUUAGUUAGAGGAAAAACUAUUAUAUUCGUGAAUACAGUAGAUAGAUGUUACAAACUAAAAUUAUUCUUGGAACAGUUUGGUAUACCUACUUGUGUUUUAAAUUCCGAAUUACCGGCUCUCUCGCGAUGUAGAGCAGUUACACAGUUUAAUAGCGGAACUUAUGACAUUAUAAUAGCAUCAGAUGAAAAAUCUUUGGAAGAACCUCACAUAGUCAAAGUUAAGAAAGGAAAACGGAGAAAAGAUAAAGAAUCAGGUGUGGCGCGUGGUAUAGAUUUUCAGUUCGUGUCGAAUGUAAUUAAUUUUGAUUUUCCUCCGGAUGUGAAUUCUUACAUUCACAGGGCUGGUCGUACUGCGAGAGGAAAAAAUCAGGGAACGGCAUUGAGUUUCGUAUCGAUAAGAGAAAGGCCCCUUCUUGAACAGGUUGAAACAGAAUUGAAACAUUGUUACAAUCGUGAUACAUUAUUUAAAACGUAUCAGUUCAAACUGGAAGAAGUAGAAGGUUUUAGAUAUCGAGCGAAGGACGCGUGGAAGGCGGUAACGCGAAUAGCAGUCCGCGAAGCUCGUUUAAAAGAAAUAAAACAGGAGGUAUUGAAUUGUGAGAAAUUGAAAAGUUAUUUUGAGGAUAAUCCGAGAGAUUUACAGUCGUUGAGACAAGACAAAGCAUUACAUACUGUAAAGUUACAACCGCACUUGAAAGAUGUGCCUGAAUACAUAGUACCACCUACUCUGAAACGGCUUGUAGGCGUCGGUAGAGGAAAAAGGAAAUUUAAUAGGGACUCUACGGCAUUUAAAUCUACCGCUACGCAAUUAAAAUAUAAAGCACGUGCAUCAAAUCCUCUAAUGAGUUUACAAGUAUAAAAAGAAUAAAAACAAAAUGUCUUUUUUUUUGCUAA